UUUCCUGCUUCUUGGGGGCUGCAACUGAGGCAGGUUGGGCCCUGCUGCCUGUGCUAUAUAACCAGCCCCACAGCACCUGCUGGCUGUUCUGUUGGGGGUUAAGAUGAGCCCAGAACCUUUGAGGAAACUUGGUCAUGCUGCUGCUUCUGGGGAAAAAAGAUCUAAGAGGAAGCUGAAGAGAAAGGAAGCCUUUUCAGUCUAUAUUUACAAAGUACUGAAGCAGGUGCACCCCGACCUCGCCAUCUCCUCCAAGGCCAUGAGCAUCAUGAACUCCUUUGUGAACGACAUGCUGGAGCGGCUGGCGGCGGAGGCCUCGCGCCUGGCGCAGUACGGGCGCCGCGCCACGCUGAGCAGCCGCGAGGUGCAGGCGGCCGUGCGCCUGCUGCUGCCCGGGGAGCUGGCCAGGCACGCCGUCUCCGAGGGCACCAAGGCUGUCACCAAGUACACCAGCAGCAAGUGACCACCUGGGCCCCGGAGACCAGCCCUGCAGGACGAGUGCUUGGUCUCACUCAGCUGAAAAAGCAAAGCCUCAUGUUGUCUGCCUGCAAAUAAAAAAUGCAUAGAUAUACAGAUCGUGUGUUUGAUCUUUGCAUCACAAAUUGUGAGGCAGUUUAAACUGUGGCCAUGGGGAUUGUCUGGGAGGGCUGGAAGAACAGCUGUUCUUUGGAAACAACCAUGUGCAACUAGGAGCAGGGAACCCAGGGUAUGCC